AUGGCGCUUCCAUCUAUAAGAUUGUGUGGGCGUAUGUUAUUUCUUUUUCUGUUGAGUUUACAGAAUGUGAUCCCUUUUUUGCUGUUCGUUUUCAUGUUCAUCAACAAGGAACAUGCUACAAUUUUGGCGAGUCUCGCAAUUAGUUCGAUCGUACUUUGUCCGGCUUUUGAGGUCUUGUUUGGGUAUAGGCCCGGAAGGAGACGUCUUUCUUACUUCUUUCGCGGAUGGCAGUUUUACAUUCACAUCGUUUUAGUGCCAAGCAUAAUCUUUGCAUUUGGAGUUCAGGCAAGUUUGGAAGGAAAGGUACUGUUUUGCCAGUCGGCCGAUAAACUAAAAGUCUGCACCCUUUGCACAACACCUUUUCUACUGCUGCUGUUGUUGACAACCGCAGACGAUUCGUUCAGCUCCAACAGUCACAAAGAACUUGUUCGAAAUUUAUCUGUUCUUAUGGUUUCUGAUCUUUUUGAUGCUAUCGAAAUGUUGAACCACGCGUUUGAGUGCUCUUUGGGAGCCUUUGAUGUUUCUACAAUAUUUCUGGUGAUUGGGGCGAUCAUUACACUCAUCGUCUCGUCAUUGCAAAUGGCUGAAUACGAAUUCAUUGAAGGUGUUGAAGGGGAAUCUAACGAACAAAUACGCUAUAAACCAAAAGUCUUUCGCAAAAUUGUUGAAUUAGCUACAAACUUGGUAGCCCUAACCAUUCGCCUGGAGGUUCUUAUUGGACAUGGAAAAAGCAGGGCCACCGUCGGCACCAUCGUCAUCUUUAAGAAUUUCACUGCCAUAAUUUUGGCUGUGAUGCACAUCAGCUCUCUAACACCACCGACACAAACCUUGAAAGACCAAGGGUGA